CGUGAGGGAGGCGGCCGUCGUCAUCGGCCCCGUCAUGGACGACCCCGAGAUGGCCAGAAAAAUGUUUGAAACCCACAUACAAAGCUACAGAGGAGAUGACCCACUCGAUCUCUGGGAGAGAUAUGUGCAAUGGACAGAAGAAACCUUUCCUCAGAAUAACAAACACUUGUCAACUUUGUUAGAGCGAUUAGUGAAGACGUUUUUAAAUCAGAAAAGAUAUUACAGUGACCCAAGAUUCAUCAACAGCUGUGUAAAGUUUGCUGAGCACAAUAGUGAACCACAUCAAUUCUACGAGUAUAUAUACCAGCAAGGAAUUGGUAUCAAGUCAUCCGUUCUUUAUGUAGCCUGGAGUCAGCAGCUCGAAGCCCGAGGUGACAUGCAGCAGGCUGGUGCCGUUCUGCAGAAGGGGGUUCAGAAUCAGUCAGAACCCAUGGAAGUGCUUCAGCAACAGGCCAGGUUGUUCCAGGCUCGACUGUCCAAAACUCAUUUUGCAGCUCAAGUUGGCGCCUCAGAACCACUUCAAAAUUCGAAGAUUUUAAACCAGAUGGUCCCACCUAACCCAGGGAAUGGAGACCCUGCGUUCCUUCUCCAAAGCCAGAGUUCGGAGCUUUCUGAAAAUCAGUCAUCCAAGUGUGAUAAAGUACCAAAAAUGCAAGCACAGUCGGUAGAACAAAGGACUGUCGUCAUUUCUAAAUCGUGCUAUUCCACGCAGCUAUCUUUAUCAGCGUCCAGUAAUGACACCAAGCAAAUUUGCAUGUAUUGCAAGGACAAGCUUGUUCACGGAGACUCUGAAUUAUCUUUUGAAGAACUGAGAGCCCAGAAACACGAGCAAGUGAAGAAACAAAAGGAAUGGGUAAAUAAAGACAGAGAAUACUUGAAACGGAAAGAAGCAGAUUCUUUUGAAGAACAACUCCUAAAACAGAAAAUGAAUGAACUCCGUAAGCAGCUGUCUCAAGUGGCAACAGUGCAAGGUGGACGAUCCACUCUUCAGGCUGGAGCUCAGAUUCACCCGAUAUAUACGGAACCCAGUUUUCAGCAAGACCUGAUAGCACCUUUUCAACCAGCCACCAGUCAGACACCAAGUAACACAGUAGAAUACUUAAAGAACUCCACAGCUCUGCCCACGGCGGCAGGGACAACCGCUUCUUCAAAAACGCGGGUGACCGACGAGAAUCGGCCUUCUCCUGCGUCAACGGAGACCCAGCCAGCGGCAGACUCUACAUUCGCCACCUACCAAGAAGACGCUAACAACACUCGGUUCAACCCCGAAGAGGGUCGAGAGCAAAUGCUGAUCGCGUCUGACCACCACAGGAGCGUAUCUAAGCCUGGGCCUCCUGAGGAGCCCUCAACCUCUCCUCUUGAGAGCUUCAGCUUUAGAGAGCCGUGUAAGAAUGAAACUGGUCAAGGCCUCAAACUACAAAGCGGGAAGGAGGGCAAAGAAGUAAACGAAGCCUCUUCGUAUCUGGGGGCAAAUGCUUCCCAUGCCACACCAAAUACGUCCCUGGGAAUGGUGCAGGCGACGCCAUCAAAAGUGCAACCUUCACCCACAGUUCACACAAAAGAAGCACUGGGUUUCAUAAUGAACAUGUUUCAAAUACCUACCCAUCCAGAAGUGUCUGGUGAGGAAGACAACUUUCCCUGCCUGGAUGAAAACGAGGAAGCAUUUGAGGCCUGCUUUAAAAAGAACACAGAGUCAUCUGGAGUCUUGGGAAUUAAAAGCAUCAACCCUGCGAUGGCACCUGCAUUUUCCAUCUUUGAGGACGGCAAUAAAGAAAAUAACGGGCCCCUGGAGAGCAAAAAUAAGCCCAGUGGGACCAGAUCCUUUGGGGAAAGGCCUGCAAGCAGACCUGCUUUAAAACCAAACGAAGAAGCCCAGGGAGCAGAGUCUUUGGAUGAUUGUACCGUGUGGGGCGUACGCUGCAAUAAAACCCUGGCCCCCAGUCCCAACAGCACAAGAGAUUUCGCUCGAGCAGCACAACUUGCAUCUACACCCUUUAACGGCAUUCCAGUGUACCCAAGACCGGCUCUGGAAAAUAAAGAAAAUAUGAUCACAAACCUCGCUGCCGACACGCAUCUGAACUGUAGUGAAGAAAAGCCAUUGUUGAGCUUGGAAAAUAAAAAACUAAGCCCAAUUCAAGAACACAGCCCGGACCUACAGGAUUUGCCGGAAGAGAUGUUGUCGAGCACCUCGCUCAUCUUAAAACCCCGGGGUCUGUGUGGUGGCCUACUGACUGAGGAAGUGGAACAGGGCUUGGCUGCUUGUAAAGUGACUGAAAUCACCCACGCCAAGGAAGCCAGUACUGAGCAAAUGAGACCGCAUGAGCCGAGUCCGCCGGCCAAAAGUGUGGAAUCACCAGCCUUCAUCAUUGAGAAUCCGUGGGACGAUCAGUUAAUUCACAGAUUUUUAUCAAACUUAUCUAAGCCCGUAAAUUCCUAUCCCAAUACUUUCGAGUGGGCAUCCAGUAUUCCAGCAAUCAAGUUGAAGACUCAAGUUCAUGUGGGUACUGCGCCGUUCUAUAUCGACUGCCUUCUUGGAGAAGGGGCCUUUGCUCAUGUUUAUCAAGCAACGGUAUUGAAUAUGGAUGACCCGAAAAAUAAUCAGAAAGUAAUAUUAAAGGUCCAGAAACCUGCCAAUCCUUGGGAAUUCUACAUAGGAACUCAGUUACUGGAGCGGCUUCACCCCAGCGUGCGCCACCUGUUCAUCAGGUUCUACUCGGCCCACUUGUUCCGCAACGGCAGCGUGCUGGUGGGAGAGCUCUACAGCUACGGAACCCUGUUGAACGCCAUCAAUCUUUACAAAAACACCCCAGAGAAAACGAUGCCCCAAGCCCUCGUCAUGUAUUUUGCCCUAAGGAUUAUGUUCAUGAUCGAACGACUUCACGACUGUGAAAUCAUCCACGGCGACAUUAAACCCGACAACUUCAUCCUCGGAGAAAGGUUCUUGGAGGAUGACGACUGGACGGUCGACAGCCCCCCUCACGGCCUGACCGUGAUCGACCUGGGGCAGAGUAUAGAUAUGACCCUGUUCCCCAAGGGAACGGCGUUCACGGGGAGGUGCGAAACGUCCGGCUUCCAGUGCGUCGAGAUGCUGAGCCGGAGGCCGUGGAACUAUCAGACCGAUUACUUUGGAGUCGCUGCAACGGUCUACUGCAUGCUGUUUGGCACUUACAUGAAGGUGAAAAACGAACAAGGAGUCUGGAAAACCGAAGGCAUUUUCAAACGGCUCCCUCAUGCCGAAAUGUGGACCGACUUUUUUCACACUCUGCUGAAUAUACCAGAUUGCCAGCACCUCCCUUCGCUGGGAGCCUUACGGGAAAAGCUAAAAGCGACUUUACAGCAAUCCUACGGCAGCAAGAUCAAGUCCCUCCGCAAGAGGCUGGUCGUGCUGCUUCUGGAAAACAAGCGCUCACGGAAAUAAAACCGGGGAGUUCCGGAGACUCCCCGGACUCGAGAUCGGCCCACCGUCUCUGGAUGUGAAGAAAAUGUAGGGGAUCGUUUUUUCAGAGGGGCUUAAUUUAGAAGUUUGAGGGAGACAGAGCCUGACUGGGAAGCCAGUGUCACCGAGGAGAUGAGCAUUUGCGGUUCAGUGGCUAAUUUUGCCUGGCUUGUUUAGGAGAAGAAGCUUUCUGAGGGGUGUUAUUUCAUUUCCUACUAUUCCCGUGGCCCGCACAGCAGCGGGUAAACUGAGUCGGCGGCGGCCCCCGAUUACGGUCAGGACGGUGAUGCGCGGCCGAACUGAGGUUACCGUAGAGCCGCGUGACCAUCCGCCGCGCGAGAGUUGUGAUUUCUGGCCCCAAGAGGAAAAUCUAGGGCCGAGCAUCCCUGGCUUCUAGCCAAAUUAUUUCUCCCACCUGCCAAGAAGGGAGAAUUGAAGGUGCUUCUGCUUCCAAGAACGCCGGCCCGCUGGGGGGGGAAUUCCGAUUUUUCCACACCCACUUUGCGGGGAUGGGGGUGGGAGGGGAGGCAUUCCAAUAAAGGGCCCAGAAAUCAAUCCUCUCGCUGACGGGUCGUCACCUUCCUCCUUUCUUCCAAUUCUCGCUCCUCCAGUACACUUCUCAUCGUUUAAAUGAAUUAAGGACCAGGGGCUGUUCAUACUGGACUCAAUUUGGAUAAGCUCUAAAUAAAGCCCCGCUCCGAGAGCGGUGUG